UUUCACAUGACUUUCCCUGCGUGUGACUGAUCUGCAUUCCUCAAGUGGUGCCAACUACUAUCCCUGUCAAACGGACUAAUGUUAAGACAACUGUGGGGCUAACAACGUCUGAAAACAUUAUCCAUCGCAUUAUCCACGCGGUUUAAUCUGUCCACUGUCGCUGUUAACAGCUCCCAGUGUGCGACGUGGAAGAGGAUUUGUGAUUUGUGAGCCGGAGUCGCAGCUGCAGAAUGAAGUUUUACUGCUAUCAAACUUCACCCUCAGCCUGUUGGAUGUGAAAUACAUGGAUACAAGAUAAGCCUUCACCUUUUUCUGAGCUUCUCGUCGGCGAUGGCUGAGCUUUUGUCGCCAGAUCUGAGAGGGUGCACUUAUUUCUUUCUCUAUGAUGGAUCAAAGGUGAAAGAAGAGGGUGAUGCGACAAGAGAGGGAAUCUGUUACUUCUACCCUGAAGAGACUCCUAUGGAUAAGCAGGAGCUGCUCUGUGGACAGCUCGCUGGCGUGGCCCGCUGUGUCUCUGAACUUUCCUCCUCGUCGGUGCGUGUGCUCAGGCUUCGCCGGAACAAGUACGCCAUCCGCAGGAAGGAUGACUUCCUCUGGGCUCUGGGCAGCUCAGUGGACGUCCCCACGAUAAGUGUCUGUGAGCUCCUGGAUCAGCUAAUAGACCUUUUCUGUUUCUACAACGGCUCAGUCCGCCAGAGCUACCAGCGUAACAGUCGUGAGGUUCUGGCCAUGCGAUGGGCUCAGUACCUCUCACACCUGCAAGCAGGAUCCUCAGAGCUUCAUCAUAUCUUCAGCUGCUUGAAAACCAUUGAUGCAACAAAUGUUGACCCACUUCUCCUGCUCAAAGCUGCCCUCAUUCUUCAAGCAUGUCAGCGCUGCCCUCUAGUGUUGGUAGGAUGCAUUCUUUUCAGGGGAAGAGUUGUGAGCACACAGAUGUCCCCAAAUCUUACUAUGAAGGUCAUGGUUCAUGAGAGUGAAACAUACAACAAGGCCCACAAGCCCAAUGGACCGAGUACCUCCAGUUCAUCUGGAGGAACAGUCAGCUCCAUCACCGUGUUCUUGACCAUGUCUGAACUUCAGUACCUGCAGUCUACUCCUGUUGACAAGGGAUUCAAGUUCCAUUCGACUCCACACAAAGACACCAUCCCUAAAAAGACCCGCCUUUCAAGAACAUUAUCUGACACGCCCUCCACCGACUCGGAACCGUCCGAUGCAGGCUCCACCCAUUCUUCUCAGAAGGUGUCCUUCAGCCCUUGUUUGUCAGCAUCAGAUAAUGUAUUUAGUCCAGACCCAUCAGAGAACACCACUGACCUACUUCAUCCCCCCAUGCAGUCACAGUGUCCUCUCUCAAAUGGAAAAAGCUCCCAUGAUGCUGAGGAGGACGAAUCAUUUUAUCACAGUUUUCAUACCAACGGCGGUGGAAUGAGUCAGAUAGGAGAUAGCUCAGGGCUGGAGGAAAACUCCCAUCUUAAUGGAGCUUGUGGGACAGUGUUUGACUUCAGAGCGGCCGAAUGUGGGAAUGAGGAGUCACAUGAUCAUAAGGUGGGGGAGGACAGCAGGAGAGGCAGUGGUGGGAGUGCACAUGGCUGCUCCGGUGCUACCAACAGCCACAACGAAAGCCCGCUGGUGCCCAUGACGCUGUAUCUGCACCGGGUUAAAGGCCUGGUCCUGGUCCUGCUGGUGGAGCCUCACUUCCUGAGUGACACAGCCUCAAUGGAGGAAGUGUAUCACAGCAGCUUGGCAGCGCUCAACGGACUAGAGGCCCAUCUGAGGACCAUCAUUCCGGGACCCCCAGGUGUUCAAGUACCCUAUGUCUUUGCCCACUUUGACUGCACUCAGAGCACGAUGACAUCCAACCUGUCUGGUCGACCAGGGGCAACCCAUGAGCGUCCUUUUGUGAGAGCCACAUCAUUGCUUCACUCGCAUUUCUGUAACACUGAAACUCUGCAGGAGGCUAUUAUCAGGAGUGCCGGCGCUGCUGUUUAUGGAACCCGCAGUGUGGCCCAGGAGACUUACUUCCUGCAGCAUGGGGGAUCACUGAGGAACUCGGGCAUCCCUAACCACCAGGACAGCGCCUUCACCCUGCCCACCAAGGCCCGACACAGACUACUAAAACAUGGGGUCAACCUGCUCUGAGCUGUGUAGCUGUUAUGGAAAACCUGGCCUUUGACACUGUAUGACCCUAGAUGUAAAUAUGACAUUUGUCUUCUUUACCUAACUUUGAAGUUUCCUAUUUAGAAAUGUCUUUACUUAAGCCCUUUUCCACUGCAUGGUACCGGCUCUGCUCGGCUCGACUUGACUCAACUCUACACAGUUUGGUACAGUGCUGUCACUUUUCCACUGCAAUUGGUGUCACCUUGGCGCAAAUAAGAUGGGUGUAGUAAACAGUAAUGACAAUGGACGACAUCGAGGUGACGCUGUACUUGAUGCUCGGUCUGUGCUUUUUGUCACAGAAAAGGUGAAAUGAGAGAGCCAGAAAGGGAUACAAGUGGCAAAACGAAACACGCUUGAAAAGCAACGGAGAGUUAUGAAAGCCAUACGGAAGUAUGGAGCUGAAGACUAGUGGAUAAGAGCUGCCAAGAGACAAUGUCUGAUGGUAAGCUAAUGCCUUAUAUACAAUAGAUGUCACACUGAACAGUGCGGUCUAUGUGGACCGAGUUGCGAGUAAAAUAAUAGAGAAAAGCAGUUUUUGUCGAUAUAGGCUCUCUGUAGAUCUUCUCUGCUAUCACUCUUGUCAGUGUUUGGUGUUUGCAUUAGACGGUCACACCUUGUCGCAUGUGUGACGACACUCCCUCUGACCAAUCAGUGGCUGGCAGUGAAAUUUCAAUGCUGACUCAGCCCGGAUAGAACCUCACCAGAGCUGGUAUGAAAAAAAGUACGGUUACCAGGUACAACCCCCAGUGGAAAAGCACUAAAACCGUGUAGAGUCGAGUCAAGCCGAGUCGUGCUGGAAAGGUGCAGUG